AAUUCCAUUAAUAUAUAUGUAUACAUAUAAUCAGAAGAAUAUUAUUCCUACACUCGGUUCUUUUUAUUAUGUAGUAAAAAAUUUGAAUUCCUUCUUACAAUUAUUUAUUGAAACUUUAAAUUUCGAACGAUCGUGAAACGUAAUAAAUAUGAUGACUAUAAAAUUUAUGUAUCUAUAUUGAAUUGUAAAUUACGAAAUGUUAACCUAGAGAGUUUUCAUAUGACAUCUUUCACGUGGCUUUAACACCUUAGACGGUGUUGAAUUUUUAUGAUAUCAAGUCUGUGUCAUGUAUUGAUCAUUAAACAGAUAUUAAUUAUUUAUAUAUAAAUAUAUUAAAUACUUGUACAUAUAAUUUACAAACAAAAUGACGGUCAAAAAAACUAAAGCAGCAACAAAAGGUGCAAAACAGAUAAUAGAAGAAAAUAAAACAACAUUAAAUUUUUAUCAGAAUAUGAUCAUUGGCGCAAUAGCAAUAUAUUUUACUGUUACAAUGUUGUUUUUUAAUUUUUCAACAUUAUCAACAACAUUAACUGUAUUUUCUGCAAUUAUAUAUAUAGGAAGUUAUCAGUUUAUGAAAUAUAUAGCACAUGUAACAUAUUCAGAAUCUGGACAGCUCUUAGAUUCUGGAAUUGAUCUUAAUAUGGAAGGAGGUAUAGCAGAGUACCAUUGAGAGGAGGUUGGAUGCUAUGGAAGCAAAUAUUAGCUCCAUGGUUUUUUGCUCCUGCUCCAGAGCAACCUGAGAUUAGUGAGAAAAAACAACGGAAGUUGGAAAAAAAAAUGGCUAGGCGGCAUUAAUAUUUUGAUUAGAAAUAAACAUGCAUUUUGUAUAAAUAUUUAAAAUUUUAUGGGUGCAGGAUAAAGUUGAGCAAGAUUAUAAAACAAGACUGCCUAUUAUUUGAAUUUUUUUCAGCCUGCAUUGAUUUCUACACUUUUUAUGUUAUAAAAAGAUCGUUUUCAUCUUUUUUUAAGAUUUAUAAAUUUUAACAUAAAUUACAAGUAAAUUUCUUAGAAAUUGAAUAAUAUUUAUGAGCACUAUCACAUUAAUUUUGGCAACUUUAGUGUUUAACAAAAGAAUUUUACGAAGUGUAAUAUAAAAAUAAACUUUUUAUAAUUUUUUAGUGUUUUCUAUAUUGUUAGACUUCAUCUAUUCAAUCUCUAAUUUUAGAUCAAUUCACUUUACAUACUACUAAAUCCUCUUCGAGAACAUAUGAAAAUUAUUAUUAUUAUUAUU